GAUUUGGUUAUCCGUAUCAUCUUCAUUCUUGGUAAUUUAACAGAAAAGACUAACCAAGCCCGUGAGCAAUUUUUUAAAGAAAAAGGAAGUGUUAACACUUUGAUAUCAUUAUUCCAAACCUACCAUGAACUUGAUUUGAAUGCACAGAAAUGGUACCAUGAAAGAGAAGGGGAAGAAAAAACCCACCCAAAGCAUCCUUCAGAAACAGAAGAUGUUCUGAUAAAACUGAUAAGAGUGCUGGCCAAUCUCUCCAUUCAUCCCAGUGUAGGAGCAGCUCUGGCAGCUGCCCAUCGUGUUGUAGAAUUACUUGUUACAGUACUAGAAUACAAGUCAGUUGAUGACUGUGAGGAGUUGGUCAUCAAUGCUGCAACAACAAUCAACAAUUUAUCCUACUACAAAGUGAAGAGUUCUGCUGUUCAAGACAGGAAGCUACACAUUGCUGAAAUGCUUUUAAAGCUGUUAAUGAGCAACAAUAUGGAUGGAGUUGUAGAAGCUGUCAGAGUCUUUGGCAAUCUUUCCCAGUAUCAUGAGAUCUGUGACUUCAUCAUGCAGAAAAAGAUAUACAAGUUCAUGAUUGCUUUACUUGAUGCCAAGAGCCAAGAUGUCUGCUUUUCUGCCUGUGGAGUUCUGCUCAAUCUCACAGUAGAUGAGAACAAACGAGCUCUUCUGAUGGAAGAAGGAGGAAUUGGAAAGUUAGUUGACUGUUUACGAGACUUUGGACCGUCUGACUGGGACCUGGCUUGUUUGAUAUGCAAAACCUUGUGGAACUACAGUGAAAAUAUCACAAGUGCAGCUUCAUGCUUUGGAGAAGAUACCGAUGUGUUGCUGGUGCUGCUUACAUCACUCUUAGAUGAAGAGCUAGCCUUGGAUUACAGCCUCGACAGAGAUUUAAGGGACUACCACAGACUAUAUUGGGAAAGAGAGUUCAAACCUGUGGCAGAAAAGCUUCUUGACAGAAUUCAGAGCCAUCACUCCUUUCUUCCCACUGUGACUAUUACUCCAUUUUAA